AAAUUUUGUAUCAGUGUGCAUGUUGUCUUCGAUUAGAAGAAGGGCGAUCACCGGGUUUGGAGCCCGCGUAACCAAGGAUUGUCACAAGAUCGAGUCAGAGGGACCCUGGGAUGGCACUCCACUGGUGUACGAGACAUUUGAGAUUUGGGGAUAUCAAUGGAGCAUUUGAAUAAACACUUUUCACAGACUCAGAUUUGCGAAAAAGUCGUCGCCAUUCAAUAUUUACCCGGGCAGAGAUAACUUGAUCUGGACUUUGGAAGGAUUCAGAAUCAUACCCGAGAUGACGUCAAAGGAGAGACAAUUCUUUCAGGCGGUGGACAAGGCUCAGACUAAGAUGAUAGAUACUCUGAUAUCACAGGGCGCAUGCGUCAACUGUCGAGCGAAUGAUGGAUCGACACCUCUAAUCAAAGCAGCUAAAAAUAGAAACCACGUGGUUCAAAAGUUACUCUUACAAAAUGGAGCAGAUGUCACAGAAAAGAAUGCGCUCGGGUUGACGGCUCUUCACUACACGGCGGCAGCGGGAGACACGGAGACGCUGAAGCUUCUACUGGCGUACCAGUCUCCGGUAGACGUCAAGGACGCUGAAGGGUGUACACCUCUGCAUUAUGCAGCAGAUCGCAAUAAUUUGGUGACAGCAGAAAUUCUCAUCUUUUGUGGAGCAAACGCUGAUUCCAAGAAUAAGAAAGGACUGUCUCCAUACUCCAGUAACAAAAAUGCAGAUUUCCGGAAAAUCGCUACUCAGUCACGAAAAGUCUUAGAUGGUAUUAAAAACAAAGAUGUUAUUAUACAGCACGAUGAACUGCUCCCAGGAAAGGUUACCCACCUGAGAGACAUUGAUCUGAAGAUAUUCACUACGGACGAUUUCAAACUGACUAGUCUCAGCUUCUUGUGUAGACGCGUUCGUCCGGAAUUCUGUAUGGACUCGCUGAGGCCUGAUGGGAAGGAAAUCCUGAUCAGCGAUGCGUUUGAGUGCAUUACUUCCACUGUACACGUCAGAGGAAUGGUAGACUUAGAAGUCCCAUUAUAUGACAACAAUGAUCCCUACGAAAAAAUCCUAAUAAAAACCAAUCAAGGUGUCAUAGGUGACCCAUCUGCAAUACUCGGAGGUCCAACAACGUUAAACGAGCAUGUAGGAGUUCUGCGAUGGAAGUUAAGAAUACGUUUGGAUAUAACGAAAAUAAAAUCCUUCAUUCUCAUCACUGUCCCUAAAGUAGAGAAAUUCGAUGUAACUGUCACUGGCAAGGAGGUUCCGUCGACGGUGGAUAAAUUCAUUUCCAUAAAAAUUGCCCCUGAUACAUUCGAGUCGGGAACAGUCAAUCUAGAGGUCAUUCCAACCCCGGUAUAUAAACCUGAGAAGUACAAGGAUGUGCUUUCAAUUGGCCACUUCUACGAUUUGCACCACAGUAUGGGGUGUAACCACUUCCGGGACAAUGGCGUAACCUUUACUUCGCCUCUACCCCACGAGUUUGAAAAUGAGGGCCAACUUUGCGUUUUGGCAGCAGAUAUACCAGAGGACUUCAAUCCGGAUAUACCUUUGGACGAGAAUAUUUGGGAAAUUUUAGACAAAGAUCCCAGGGCAAAAAAAGGAAGAGUUUCAAGUGCUCUGUCUCAUUUUUCAACACACGUUUUAGCUGAAAAAAGAAAGGGGUCUGCGGACAUAGAUUUAAAACACCAAGUGAGUGAGCUUCAUACUAAAGCAUGGAAAAGAGCCAAAAUAGUGAAGUUCUUUGCUGUCAUUAAACCAUUAACUGGAAACUUUUAUCAGACAGUGUUGGAGUGCACACAACCUCAGAAAAUCAACGAUAGAUUGAACCAUUGGAAGUCCCAGGACUUUAAGGUGUUAAGUCCUGAAUAUACGGGCGAUUUCGAAACAUACGAAAAACAAGAAUAUGAUAUUGUCUUAUCAGGAAACAUCAAAUCUCUUGGUACAACCAAACUCCAGUUCCAUUCCAAAAGAGAAAAUUUUCAACAGUUAGUGAUAUCGUUGGCAAAUAAGGAAGAACCCGCGUUCGGUUCUUUAGAUUUGGUAGAGAUUCCGGAGAAAAAAGGCCUGACCAGCAUCUUUCUCUUUCUUUCUGAUAUGAAACAAAAGGAAGUCAGUAAGAAAGAAGACACAUUCAAAGGUUUUACACGCGAAAAAUUGUUGAAAGACAUAGCAUCACGACUGGGACAUGAAUGGUUCCAGUUCUCCGUCCUGCUUGGUAUUCCAUUUCACAAAGUAGACACGAUUCGCACCAAGUCAACAACUAGCACCACCUCUGUAGAAAAGAAGAUUCUCAAGAUUCUGUUGGAGUGGCGGAAACAUUCUCAACACCUUGACGACAUGGGUGUUCUGGACCUCGUGACGGCGCUGUCCAGGGUGGGGCGGAACGACAUCUCUGAAGUGGUCCAUGAGGAUUUGAGGGUGUGGUUGAAAGAAAAUGAAAUAGAAAAAGGGGAUAGGUUUUACAAGUGGGCUGAAAAUGUCAUUAAAGGGACGUUAGAAGUAUCCAAAAAUGAACAUUAUCCUGAGCCUAUGUCUGAUGAAUUUUUUGUUAUUCUUGUGGAGAAUUAUGCUAACCAGGAUUUUCGGAACCUGGGAGUACUUCUGGGAAUUCCAGAAAAUCAGACCUCUAACAUAUUUGCUGAUACAACAUUUCCUAACUUCCAGUACAGAGUAUUAAGGAUGUUAAUCGUGGCACGUGAACGACAAGAAGACCGCAUGAAAGCUCUAACGAAUCUCGUUGACGCUCUGGAAGAUAUUGGAAACCAAGACGCAGUUGACUGGGUCCACACUUGUAAAAAUGAAUGGUCAGAAAGAAACAAGGCUAAGAAAAAGAUGUCAAAAUUCCAGUUGGAUCUGGAGAGAUCCAUCAGGGAAGAGACUGGUGAGAAAGGCAGUGACAUUGAGGAGGAAGAAGAGGGUGAGAUAGUGGAGGAAGAGGAGCAGAAGAAGACUGCUCCUCAAACGAGGGAGAAGGCUUCUUCAGGGGAUCGUGUAUCAGAAGAAGACAAAGAUCAGAAGUUAAGGGAUAGGUCUCAAGAAUUCGAAAGAUCUGAACUGAAGGAAAAGGGGAGUGAUGUAAUAAAGUUUUCAAACGAAAAUUCAAACAGGCAGUCUGACGAAGAUUUUAGUGAUUCUAAGCUGAAAGAGAACGAGGGUUACAUGUCUGAUAACGAAAACGAAGAGGGUCACACGACAGUGAAUGAACCCAACGAUAAAUCUGACGUCAUUGAAUCUAAGAAAGAGAACGAAGAACUCACGUUUGCUAAAGAAAAUGAAUAUGAUCACACGUCAGUGAAUGAACCGAACGUUAAAUCAGACGUCAUUGAAUCUAAGACAGAGAACGAAGAAACCGCGUUUGAUAAAGAAAAGGAAUAUGAUCACACGUCAGUGAAUGAAUCUAACGAUGAAUCUGACGUCAUUGAUUCUGAGGCAGAGAAUGAGGAACACACGUUUGGUAAAGGAAAGGAAAAUGAUCACUCGCCAGUGAACGAAUCUAACAAUAAAUCUGACGUCUGAUAAAGAAAGCAACGAGGGUCACAAUCCAGUGAAUGAAUCACCAAAGGAGCGUUUAGAUUUAGAAUUUUGUCCUGAUUUAAGUAGUACGAAGAAACGGUUGUAGGAGCGCAGUUUUAAUACAUGCAAGUGGUUAACAGGGCAUGUAAAUGCUGAAAUACAUUAAUUAAAAUGGGGGAUUAUAAAAAAAAAAUAUUAAAGGCUUUAUAAAACUGU